GGCUAGAGCGGAGUGGGACAGAACAGGGAAGGGAAGAGAAUGGCGGAGAUGUGUGUCCCCAAGGAGCCAGAUGGCCUUGAUGAGGCUGAGCCCCCUUUCUGGCAUGAUGAGGAGAGGGAGGUAUUCCAAAACAAGAGAUCAGCUGAGAAAGACCCUGGGCUACCCAGGAUCUUAAGAAGCUUGCCAGGGUGUCUGACCCGGGCCCCUCUGCUUCUGAUGCUGCUUCUCAUCUCUUUGGGUCUCUUCAUGCUCAUGCUGAUCACCCUGGUUCAAGUCUCCAGGAUCCAACAAUCCUUGCCAAGAGAGAUGGAGCAUCAGGGGAGCUGCAACCCAGGGGUUCUGCAGGAGCCAAUGAAAUCAGAUCUGGAGGAGAUUCACCAGCAGCUGGCCUGGAUGAAUGCCACUUUAACUGGCCUGUGCCGUCCCUGCCCCUGGAACUGGGACUUCUUCCAGGGAAACUGCUAUGCCUUCUCCCAGACCCAAAGAACCUGGAAAUCUUCUGUCUCUGCCUGUCAGGAUAUGAAUGCCAAGCUGGUGGUUGUCAACAAUGCUGAGGAGCAGAAAUUCCUGCAAUUUUGGAAUAUCAGAAAUGAUAAGCCUGCUUGGAUUGGCCUCACUGACCACCACAAUGAAGGGUCCUGGAAAUGGGUGGAUAACAGUUCCCUUCUUCUCAGCUUCUGGAAACAAGGGGAACCUAACAAUCAAGGAGAUGAAGAUUGUGUGGAAUUGUACAAUGAUGGCUGGAAUGAUAAGAAAUGUAGUGCAGAACUCUUCUGGAUCUGUGAGAAGCCCUCAGGGCUGUGUCCAGGCCUUAGAGGGCCGCUGUCCCCUACCCAACCCAUGCCCCUGGAUGGCCCCCAGUGAUCAGGCAAUUUGGGCAUGCACUCUGCUAGCCCUUCUCUGGCCCCACACACAUAUCCCCCCCCCACCCCCACAGAAACUGAGGUUUUUCAGAUACUGAGAUUCUGAGACCCUCUUCUCCCUUAAGGUCCUUCCCUCCGUAGGCUAUAGACCAUCUAUCUUCUUCUAUUGAUAAUCUCAGUGCUCCCAUUUAGCCCCUAUUACCUCCUCUUAAUAAAGUCUCACACUGCAUACUUUC